AUGGAGGAAGACAAAGGAGUUGCCAAAGGGAAAAGAAUGGAGAAAGGCAAAGGAGUUGCCAAAGGUGAAGGAGUUGGUGACAGGGGCACAAUUUAUGGUGAAGAAUAUGACACGGAUGAAUUGGUUAGUCUUAGUGGAUCAUCAUCAGAGGGUGAGGAAGGAGGAAAGUCCAAGAUUAGAAGGAGGAACAAUGGAUCACAAUAUGAACCUACAAUUUUAUCAACCAAAUCAGUCAAGAAGCCAUCAGCAUCUACUUCCAUUCAGUUUGCUUGGAGAGCACCAUCAGCAUCACAAAAAUCAACUUGGAAUACACCAAGUAAUGCAUCAAAAAGUAGUUGA